AUGGCUACCCCCGCUCGCAUUUUCCUUACAGGUGCUUCGGGCUACAUUGGAGGCGAUGUCCUUUACGCGUUACGAUCCGCUCAUCCCGAGUAUAGCAUUUCUGCUCUGGUGAGAGACGCAGACAAAGCUGCGAACCUGUCUCAUGCCGAUCCAAACAUUCGAGUCGUCUGUGGUGAUCUUGAUUCCACGUCCCUGAUUGAAGAGGAAGCUCGUCAGGCCGAUGUGAUCGUUCAUACAGCCAGUUCUAGCCACAUUGAAAGUGUUAUGGCUAUUGCUCGGGGUCUAGCUCAGCGAAGUGAUCCCGGCUACUGGCUUCAGAUCUCGGGCGCAAGUGUCCUUUCGAUUACUGAUAUUGUCCAUGGCACCUACGGCGAAGGAAGCGACGGGAUCUUUGGCGAUGUCGACGAUGUCGAUGUGGUCCGCGAGAUUAUUCGCGACAAUGCGACUCGCCGUGCAGUCGAUAACUUUAUUCUCAAUCUGAGCGGCCCCAGGACAGCUCUUGUGUUUGCACCGAUCAUUUACGGACGCGGUCGAGGCAUCAUCAAGCAGCGGAGUGUUCAGAUCCCUGAGCUUGCGAGAGUCGCCAUUGAAACCGGACGAGCGAUCCAAGUGGGCAAAGGUGAGAGCACUUGGAGCAACGUCCAUAUCUCCGAUGUCAGCGAUCUGUUCGUAAAACUGGUUGAGAUGGCGGUCCAGAAAAAGACAGACGAGCACAUGUGGAAUCAGGAGGGCCUGUAUUUCCCCGGCAACUCUAUGCUGAGCUUCAAGAUGAUCUCCCAGUUGCUUGCUCAAACAGCCCACCGCCUUGGUUUGAUAAAGUCACCUUUAGUCUCUGAGAUCGGCCACGAGGAGGCAAACAAGUUAUCUCCUCAUGGGGGGGUUCUGUGGGGCACGAAUGCUCGCCAGAACAGUCAGCGGGCCAGACAAUUGCUGGGAUGGUGUCCAAAAGGCAGGAGCCUGGAGAGUGAUAUUCCUGAUACAGUGGAGGAGGAGGCAAAGCGACUGGUGAAAAUAUAA